GACAUAUUCCAUUGUGACAUUGUCCCGUGAACUCAAAUAUUCCCUUUUCUCCACAUAUAUAUACCAAAAAGAAAAGGAAAAAAAAAAAAACACAAAUCCAUUCCACCCCAAUCACACUGGUAGAUGGAGAAGCUAGUAGAAGUAUGCGAACCAGCAGAGGUUCGGAUAGAAUUCACACUCCACACCAAAUGCCGAACCACAAUCCAACUCAAAUCACUAAACCCAACCAAACCAAUAGCUUUCAAAAUUCAAACCUCAUCACCCAACAAAUUCCUAGUUAACCCACCGAGUGGACUCAUUCCACCACUCUCAAUUUCCACCUUCCAAAUCAUCCUCAAACCACAAUCUCAUCUCCCUCGUUCUUACCCUCGUUCACCCUCCGACAAAUUCCUCAUCAAAACGGCUGAGUUUAGUAACUUUUCAUCCAACUCGUCUGAGUCAACUCACUCCGAUACCGAUUCAAUUAACUCGUGGUUUGCUACUCGUCCUUAUGGAUUUUCAACUUAUGAUAUUAAACUCAAAGUUGCGUUUGUUGGGAAGUUUCUUUUGUAUGAUGCUGUUUCUCGUGGUGAUUUGGAAUGUGUUAGGAGUUUGAUUAAACGGCAGCGUUCUAUGCUUUUGGAAUUGAACCCUGCUGAGUCUGAGUCGCUUUUGCGAGUUGCUUCUGAGUUGAAUAACCCGGAUGAUAUGGUUCAUGUUUUGCUUGAAGCUGGGUUGAGAAUUUGUGAGGCCGUUGGAUCUGGUAAUUUCAAGGGCUCUGAUGAUGUACAUGUGGCUGGUGGGAAUAUUAUUGCUUGUGAAGAACAACACGUGGAGGAUGUGGAGCAAGGAAAAUCGGUGUUAGAGGCAUCAAGGCAAGGAAAUGUGAGGGAACUUGAAUCCCUAUUAAGAAGAGGUGUGAAUUUCAACUACCGUGAUAAUUAUGGCUUAACACCACUUCAUGCUGCAGCAUUUAAAGGGCACAAGGAUGUGGUGUUAAUGCUUUGUAAGGCAGGGUUGGACUUAGAAUGUGAGGAUAAUGAAGGUCAUGUACCCUUGCAUAUGGCAGUGGAAAGUGGUGAUAUUGAGACUGUUAAGAUUUUUGUUGACAAGGGUGUGAAUCUUAAUGCUAUGAAUAAGAGGGGUGUCACACCUUUGUUUAUGGCUAAAGUUUGGGAUCAUGAGGAUGUGUGUAAGUUGCUUGUUAGCAAAGGAGCAUAUUCCACUCUUGCUCUUACAUUAGCUUAAUAUUGUACUUUUUUUUUAUUUUAUUUUUUUGAAGACCUUGUUAUCAAUCAUAAUAAUUUUAAUUUUUUUGGUUAA